AUGUCUGGCCACGGUCGGUCGGUGUUUGUGAACUCGUGCAUCAAGAAACCGCUCAGUCCGUCGAGCAAACGGCCCAAUCCUUCGUUUUUGGUGCCACAGUGUAGUUUAGACCGUGGAUUGCAGGACCCGCGCACUCAGGACGCGAUGAGUACGAUGACGCGCAAGAAGGCUGCAUCCAAGUGCCCCCUGGCACGGAACGGCCACUACCGUCGCUCCAAGUGCUGCUCGAUGACGCACCAGCUGCGUAAGGAAGCGGAUAGCUUCCAGACGAUGGUGCAGUUUUACGACAGCAUUCCGGACUACAACGAGUUGUUGCAUCUACCCCGGGACGAGUUCUACUGUCGGCUAAACACGUUGAAGAAGAAACAACGGGAGCUGAAGUCGAUGUGCUGCGUUGGGGAAGCUGACGUCAACGGUAAAGGUGACCGUGCGAUGCAACCGGAAGUGAAUGACGGCUGCACCGGAAGAAGUGAAGUUCAAGGGCUGACAAAACAUAGCUAUGGUGGCGUGAGUGAUAGUGUAGGUACCGGUGAUCCCGCCAGAGAAAACGUUCGACCGAACGACGAGGAUGGAGAUUCUUCCCUCCACUCGUGGAGUAAAUCGCCACCGACGGUUGUGGACACGACGAACGAUUUUUCCCGUAAUCCAACCCUCGCACGGAAAGGUUCCGCCAAGUCGGUGCGAAUCGAGAGCACCAAAGAGGACAACUUAAACGGUACAGGGGGCGACGGAGGAGGACGCAAGUAUCGCUCGGGGACUCCCUUUGCUUCCGAACCGGACGACAGUGGGACAACUUCGAAGAAUGUUACUCCGACGUGCGCCACACCGAUCAAUGCCGAUUUUGUCGAACGGUACGAUCGGUACGUGAAGCGCAAUCUGCGCUGCAAAUCGGCCAGCCCUAUCCGCAAUCUCGCGAAUGUCACCAUCCCACAACCGUACAAGAUGACCCAACGCGAGGAAGAACAACGGACUCUUCAGGAAUUGUUGCUGACGAGCAAAAGUGCCUUCCCGUCACGAGAGGCUCUACCGGAGCCUGCCUCCUCCUCAACGGCCAAACCCGCGACCCAGUUUCGGGCCCACCCGGUUCCGAUUACAUCCCGUAUACCGCUUUUCGACACAAUCAUGGCCGACCAGGAGUAUCGCAACCGGCUGGCGAAGCUGAACUCCGAGAUCGAGCUGCAGUCGCAGAUCAAACCAUUCCACUUUUCCGAGCGCCUUAAUCGGGGUAAUAGCCGCUGUCUCAGUAGGAGUCUAUCCUCGCCGGCCCUACUCGGGACCGGGCUGGAGCUAGGGCUCGAUGGGCCAGCGAAGGUACGGCCCUUCAAGGCGAAACCCUGCCCCAAGAAGCUGUUCAGUAGCUCCUUUCAAACGAAGGCCUGGGAGGAGGAAUACUUUCGAUUUCUCAACAAACGCCUCCGGGCUGAAGAGAUGCUACGGCAAGCCACUCUCCCACCAUCGAUGGCUCGCCGGGAGCGAAGCGAAAGGAAGAACUGUCUUUCGCGCCAUUCGGUCACGACGGACGAGACGACCAAGGAUCGGCCAGGAUCGGCCGGUGGCGGGAAGAAAUCGAAGCGGAAGCGAAAGACGCGGAAAUCGUUCAAACGUCGAAAAAGUGUCGAAGAGAAGUGUGCGGAUUACUUUGCAUCGGUCACCGAUCCUUCGAGGAUACUUUAUCCAACAAGUAACUCCAGCUGCAGUAACAGUACCGAUCCCAACCGUGGCUCGGGUGACACACCGGCCCCGAUAUACCCCGUCAAUCGGCCCAACCUGGCGGCUACACUGCGCACCGAAUGGUGCCGGAAGAAGUUACGAGACCUAGAACUCGAUGAGACGGCGGCGGAAAAGAAGAAAGCACCCCGGUUCCGGUGGGGUGUUAAGAAGUCGCAGGCCUUCCAGAACCUUAACCUAGAUCACACCCACGAGGAAGAACUCAACCUUCGGCUAGCGACGAGAAGAGCUGAGCAGCGGCUUCGACAGGAGGAACACGCGAUCAACAUGGAACUGAUGAGGCAGCGGGUCAAGGCAGCCCCGUUGCUUCUAGAAGGUCCACCCCAGUGGGGUCCCCGGUUAGGGCACGUUGCCCAUCGCUGCUCGAGCCUUAACCGCGAGUCCGAGCAAGCCCUUUUCCGGAAGCCGGAAAAAUUCACGAAAUCUAUUUCCCAGAAACUACCAACGGCCGCACCCAUUAGUGGUCCACCAGCGGGACCUAGUAAAAAGUGUGACUCACCGGUGACGUCUUAUACCAACACCAGCACCAGCAGUCAUCACCGUGGCCGUCCGGGACGGCACGAGCAAAGACACCAGCGAUCAGCUGAGAAAAGACGCAACGCCGGUAAUGGGAGCAAACUUAGUACUUACUCCUUCGAUUCCACCGGAAAGCAAAGCUACAAAGUGUGUGACAGUGAACUGCUAAGUUUGUCGGAUGUUUAG